CAAACGCGUACUAUCUUUCCUAUUCAAUUGGGUCAGGUAAGUUCUUCUACACCCUUCACCCGACUAUAUAAGCCCAGACGUUAAGAUUCAAAAGUAUCAGUUGUUCCAGCAAUUCAACCGACUACAACAUGAAGCUGUUUAUCAUCGCCGCUGUCUUGGCCGUCGCUGCCGCUGCUAGCUACAAGCCGGAGUACAAAGCCCCAAACUACCCUGCAUCAGGCUACUCUGCACCAAGCUACAAGGAUAACAAAUACGACGACAUCACCGUCACCAGCCAAUCCGAUGAGCGCAACAUCGAUGGCAGCAGCCAAUGGAGCUAUGCUCAGUCCGACUACACCACCCGCGAAGAAUCCCAGGUCCAGAAGAAAUUCCAAGGAGUUACCUACGAUUCUUAUGGAAAAGAAUCGGAUGGAGAAGUCGUCUAUGGCAACACCAACAAAGGAUCUUCCUACUGGAUCUCUCCCGAAGGCGAGAAACUUACUUUGACCUGGGCUGCCGAUGAGGCCGGUUUCCAACCCAAGGGUGACCACUUGCCCGUUGCUCCCGUCCACGUCUACGAACUCCCAGUUGCCCCCGUCCACGAAUACGUUCUCCCCGUCGCACCAGUACACAUUCCCUUCAACGGAAAGGGCUACAAGAUCUAUUAAAAUAAUAUAAAUUGAGAAAUUAAAAAACAUAUCCAAUAUUCUUUGUCGUGACAAUGUAUACAUUGGUGUAAAUAUAUAAACACAACAU